AGCGGGGACCCAGUGAGCUACACAAGGAGGAUCCCCAGGUUCGCCAAAUCUCCCCUCCCGGUGCCAUCCGUGGCCACCUUCAAACUCUUGCUCUCCGUCUGACGGCCUUUCUCAAGCCAAAGCAGGGACCCAGUGAGCUGCACAAGGAGGACCGCCCUGAAACCCUUAAACUUCUGGUCCUAGCAUUGGGGAGCAAGCGGGGCCAUUCGAACCCGAACCAGCUCGUCUUCGCCACAGUUUUCUCUACUCACAACGCCCCAGGCGAUCCAAGCGAUCUACAAGCAUUGAGGAGCAUGUCAGAGACGUGAGCAGGAGGGAAUUUGAAGCAUUGACACUUGAUCACUCACCUCCUACACCUGACUUAACUCACAGGGUUGAGGAGAAUGCUGGCAUGGCGAGUGGCAGUGAGGGUCCUACAGGGGAUCGACCUGAACUCAAGGCACUAGCGCUAAAUGAGGCAUCCAGGGAAUGUGACACUGCCAGCAGCGAGACUGGGUCAGAAGUUGUUGUGGAGGAGGAGCCUGAAGAUGAAUCAGAUUUUGACUUGGAGGAGGAGUUGCGUUUACUCGAAGAGUACAAAGAGAGAAUGUUUAAUAAGGAUUUUACUGCUCAGAGUGCCACUUUAGCUGCUUCUUGUGAUGAAAACUCAGCUAUUGAGCAUGUCACUGAACAUUCUGAAGAUGCUGAAUGGGCUAGACGACUAUACUUACUGCAGGAUGAGUCUAUAAAAGCUUGUUUAGAUGCUCGGCGUACUACGGUGAAAUCUUCAAGAGAUGAACCUAGGUCUGAAGUAUCUGACAAAGAUAUUAUUGAAAAUGGAGAAAAAUGGAUGACUGAAGAGGUGAUGGUGGCUUUCAAAGAAUACAUUAAAAGAACUGAUAAACUCAGGGAACUAAUGUACUGUUUCGAGAAACUUUGCCAUCAAUGUUUUAACGUAGAAUGUUAUUUCAAGAUUUUCCACCACUUCAAUUUCACUGUGAAGACGAAGCUUCCUAGUUCAGAUGAUUGGGAAUCGAGAACAUACUUUGCUGAGUUGAAGGAGAUGUUUGGGGAAAAGUAUUAUUUCUGUUGCCCAUUGGAAUCAAGUGAAAAUGGUCAAUGUUAUGCUUGCAGCAACCAAGGGGUGGAUGAUUUGAGGCAUCCAGCUACAGGUGGAUUUGAGAGGGGUUUGCCGGAUACCGUAUUCCCUUAUAUGUAGGUGGUUACUGUAUUCUGCUAGAAGGUAACUCUAUGAUGCCUUUUCAAGUGUCGGUAAUUAGCUAUAAUAUUUCUAGCUAAGCCAAAAUUAUCUCAUUCGAGUAAGGAGGAGGGAUAGGUGUCAAAAUCAAUCAAUAAAAAUAAAACAUAAGGUAUAGUGAAUUAAUCCGUUGAAAAAUCGUCAAAUACCUUCAUCGCACACAUCAAAGCUUGGUGUUCUGUGAACUUGCACGCAC